CCCUCCCCGGUGCCCCGCCAGGUGCAGCUGCACGUGCUGUUCGAGCACGCGGCGGGCUACGCGCUGCUGGCGGUGCGGCCGACGGAGGAGGUGCAGCUGCUGCAGCCGCAGGUGGAGGAGAGCGCGCUGAGCCUGGGCCGCUUCCUGGCCCUGGUGCGCCUCGAGGCCUUCUCGCCCUUCCGCUCCGCCCAGGCUGCGCUGGAGAACAUGAACGCCGUCUCGGAGGGGCUGCUGCACGAGGACCUGCGGCUGCUGCUGGAGACGAGCCUGCCGGCCAAGAAGAAGAAGGUCCUGCUGGGCGUGGGCGACCCCAAGAUUGGCGCCGCCAUCCAGGAGGAGCUGGGCUACCCGUGCCAGACGGGCGGCGUGGUGGCCGAGCUCUUGCGAGGGAUCCGCCUGCAUUUCCACAGCCUGAUCAAGGGCCUGACCGCCCAGGCCGCCUCCAAGGCCCAGCUGGGGCUCGGACACAGCUACUCCCGCGCCAAGGUGAAGUUCAACGUCAACCGGGUGGACAACAUGAUCAUCCAGUCCAUCAGCCUCCUCGACCAGCUGGACAAGGAUAUCAACACCUUCUCCAUGCGGGUCAGAGAGUGGUACGGCUAUCACUUCCCAGAGCUGAUCAAGAUCGUGAGCGACAACUACACCUACUGCCGCUUGGCCAAGCUAAUCGGGAAUCGCAAGGAACUGAGCGAGGAGAGCCUGGAGGCCUUGGAGGAAGUUGUCAUGGACUCUGCCAAGGCUCAAGCCAUUCUGGAU